GCUCCGCUGCCAUAUUGUUGUGAUAUUUUCGGGGCAGCGGCGGAGUUUGGGAGUUUCAGUCGCUGUCUGCGGACUCAGCGGUCUCCACUGACGUUAUCUGGAAUACGACUGAGCUUCAAGUCACUGUCAAACUUAGCGGACUACGAGAGGAGCCGUCGGGUGAGGUGAAGAUGGUGGACCGGCUUGCGAACAGCGAGGCCAACUCCAAGCGGAUUGCAGUGGUCGAGGGCUGCUUCGGUGCUGCAGGCCAGCCGCUGGCCAUCCCCGGCCGCGUGCUGAUAGGCGAGGGCGUCCUCACCAAACUCUGCCGCAAGAAGCCCAAGGCGCGCCAGUUCUUCCUCUUCAACGACAUCCUGGUCUACGGCAACAUCGUCAUCCAGAAGAAGAAGUACAACAAGCAGCACAUCAUCCCGCUGGAGAGCGUCACCAUCGACACGGUGCCGGACGAAGGUGACCUGCGCAAUGGCUGGCUCAUCAAGACGCCCACCAAGUCCUUCGCUGUCUACGCAGCCACCGCCACUGAGAAGUCAGAGUGGAUGAACCACAUAGGGAAGUGUGUGGGAGAUUUGCUGCAAAAGAGUGGCAAGGCUCCGACGGGUGAGCACGCUGCUGUGUGGGUGCCUGACUCGGAGGCGACAGUGUGCAUGCGCUGCCAGAAGGUAAAGUUCACACCAGUCAGCCGUCGCCACCACUGCAGGAAGUGCGGCUACGUGGUUUGCGGGCCGUGCUCAGAGAAGAAGUACCUCCUGCCCAGCCAGUCGUCCAAACCCGUUCGUGUCUGCGAGUACUGCUUCGUGCAGCUGACGUCAGGAGCCCUGGCGCCACGCACAGACUCCAUCAGCCGGCUGGGGUCAAAGUUCAACAACCUGUCGGACGAUGACGACGAAGACGACAGCAGUGACUGAGAGACGAGCACAUCCUCCCGACGGUCAGCCUCGUCCCCGCGUCAAGGAGGAAAUACUUCUUUUUUUUGUUUCUUUCUCCUCCCAGAUGAUCGAAUCAAUGAUGAAUUCCACCUCGGAGGAUGAAUUCAUUCAUUCACUUCAAACCAAAAUAUUUUAUUUUUUCCUCUGAUUCCAGCAGGGAUGAAUAUAUUCCUGAACACAGUGAUUUAAACGAUGAAAUGUGGAAUUAACUGGGUGACCAGGAGAACUCUGGGAGAAAGCCUGACUCUUCAUCACUUCCACUUCUCUCUCGACUCUCGGUUAGGCUGCAGUUAGUCACUACAGACGCAUUGGUGCUAAUGAGAAACAUCCCCUCCUCUUUCUCCUCCUCUUUACUUCUUUAUCUCUUUCUCUUUUUGUUUUAAUGUCCAUGAACUACACGAGGUGAUUGCUUGUAAUUUCUGCAGGGAAAACUAAAUGUUUGGGCUCUAACCUUUAUCUCCUCUGUCCUUCAGGUAUUACACCAAACAGGGCUUUUUUCAUAACAGAAGUUUGGUAUUUUUCUGCCUGAUUUUGUAAAUUUGUCUCCAGCAAAAUGUCAAGAUCCCUUUUUAUAAAUAAGAUAUUACUCUAAAUGCAGAGCUUUUCUGGUCGACCUAAUAUAGUUGCUUCUGACAAAUCAGCUGAAGCUUUUCUCGCAGUGAGUGUUUGUCUCUGCAAACACACUUCUGUGAGUUUUUUCAGCGACCGCCCCCCAAAAACUAACUCGACCUCUUGCCUAUGCCGUCACGUAGUGCCUUGUAGGAAAUUAAGCUUAGCCUUCGGUAAGAAAUAGGUUAUUUUUUAGUUAGUGAAUCCAGGCUGCAAAAAAACAGGGACUUCAUGACAGUUUGAUUCUGAAACACAUUACACAGGAUGGUGUUUGGUUUUAUGUGCGUGUGCUACAAACAGAAGAGCAGGGAGACUACCGACUAGCCGACAGACGGGAAGAGUUCAAUUUGGGCUUUCCCUGGAGCUUUUCCUGAAAGACUCUUGACUCAGCCACCACUCUCAAAUUCUAUGUUUGCGUUUUUGAAAGGAGAGGCAUCGGUUUUCAGAUUCAGCUGCUAAAAGGCAUUUUUUUCACCAUGUUAUUUAACAACCUGUAAUCUGGAGUUUCCCUUAACCUGAACAACUUCCUGCCCUUUGUUUCCACUGUGUUUUACAUACCAGAGCGUUUUGGAUACACGUCUUUUUUAAAAAGACAACAUCGGGACAAACGUCAUUAUUGUUCUGUGAUGUUUGGCAGGCGAGUGCGGUGCAGUUGAUGAACAUCUCCAGGCGACCUCUGUUGAAGUGGAACUCCAGCUUUAGUGGAAAACAUGGGUCACUACUGGAACUGUUGCAGGAUUUUUUUUAAAUACCAAUGUACCCAAGUGUGUAACUCAACUAGUAACUAGACUGCAAGGCUGCAAAAACACACAUCAGAUAUUCUUCAUUGGAUUAUUGUAGCUUAACGUUGAAGGAGUAUUUUAGCCACCUAAAAAAGUCCCACCUAGAAAAAGCUAUAUCAGUUUAAGUGUGUGCUUUAUUGGGAGUAUUUUCACUGCUUCACCUUCAUGUCAGACAGUGAUUAUCAGCUCUCUUCAAAGCCAGACUCCAUUGAGAAAAACACUGAUUUAACAUAGCUGAACACACAAACUGCUGGUCUACCACUGCCUCGAUGAGUUUGUUUGUUUGUGUUAGUGUGUGAGUUUGGCAUUUUAAAGGAUUACUUUGGAAUCACCAAAGUCGCACAAUAACACAAACAGACUAACUGAUCAAAGCAGCAGUAGACCAGCAGCUCCUGUGUUCAGCCAGCUAAAAUGACUGUUUUUCUCAGUGGAGUCUGGUGGCUUUGACGAGAGCAUAGAUGGGGAAUUGAAGCUGUUACAACUUGUCGAAAUAGGCUGUUUGACGGAGAGAUAAAGCAGUGAAAAUACUCUCAGUAUAGUGUACACUUCAACCAAUACAGAUUGUUUUUCAGGUGGUUAAACUCUGUUUUGUUGCUGACCGCCAUCCACAGCAGCACAUUACUCAGCUUUCGUGUCAGACUCCAGCCUGCUUCUCCAAACUGAGGGCGUGCCGACUGCCGACUACACUGAUCAUGAAUAAGUAACCUAUACAACGCCACUUCAAGAAAUGCAAACUAUCCCUUUAAGUUCCUGUAGUGGAGGAGGCCAUGAUGUAGAAGUUGGACAAAGAUUCAAAGUUUCCUCUUCCUCUGGGACGGAGGUUUUUCCACAAAGCUGUCAGUUUGCUUGACCAGAGAGAUGCUUGACACUUCGGCCCAAGCUGCGAUUCAAUGUCUCGUUUAAUUUUGGAUUUACACACCAGUUGAGAUGGGUUCUUUAACACGUGGCCGGUGGCUCCACUGAAUGAAAUGAAAUGCAAUAACCAGGAAGUCUUAGGCUUUUGUUUUCUUUGGUAAUCACAUGAUCCUGUGUUGCGUCACAGUCUGUGGAAUUCCUCCUCGUUCGGUAGUUGACACGGUUUGCUUUUACUGCAAACUGUCAGCACGUCGUCUUCCUGUCAGUGACUCUUCCCUGUGCUGCUCUGAGGUCAGAGGGCCACGCUGUGUCACAAAACAAACGCACCCUCUUAUGAACUCUUGUGUCACCGCACAGGAACUUUCUCUCCACAGUGUCUGCCAACACAAGCGAACACAGCCGUCCUUCCCUCCUUAGUUUUUGCAGCACUAGAACUUUCCUUUCCACAAAUCAUGUGACGAGUGUGUGUAAGUGUGUGUGUUUGUGUGUGUGUACGACCUAAAUCAUGUGAUCCGUCACUGAACCAGGAACUGAAAAGGCGGCCUUGGGGGAAUUAUGGGCAAACUACUUCAGGUUCAGUUACUCUCACAGAUGUUCAUGUCAUCAGUUUCUCUUCCCGGUGACUGUGAAGAGUUUCAUUCCUGUUAAAGAAGCAGCAGUGACUCUCCCUCCUGGCCUACACUAUACUCCUCAUGUCUCAAAAACAAUGUAAUUACAAUCUUAAAAGUUUGCAUGGGUGAAUUUUGGGAGCCAAAACCUUUUAAAUAAAUGAAAAAUUUUAGUUUUAAGUUGUUGUAUUUGUGUCAUGUCACCCUGGUUUCCCUUAAAGUUUUAUUUUUCCUCCCCAGAAAUAGAUUUCCAGAACGUUGCCCCACGAUUGUAAGAGCUCAUCACAGGUCCGCGCAGGUCCCAGUGUCAAUGAUCAGGUCCAGGACUGAGAUAUUACUGGGAUAGUCAGUUCUGGUCCAAAUUAUAUUCAUGUCUUGGACCUUUCAUACACACAUGCAGCCUAAACUGCUUCACAAAAUGAAAACUCAAACAAAAAAAUGUAUAUAAACAACGAUAAAAUUAAACUAAAAAUACAUUAAAAUGCUAAAAAUCAACUGAAGUAAAUAGAAUAGAAAUAAACACAAGGGAUAAAAAUGUAGAAACCAAUUAUUUAAACUCAAAAACUAAAGGCCUAGACACACCGAACCGACUUCAGAGAACUAGCAGCAACGAAGACCCCUUGCUGCGUUGUCUCACGUUGCCCUGUCUCAGCCAAAUAAAGUUGCACAUGAACACACCACAAAGACUUCAGCUGACAGCCAACCAGUACGUACGUUCUGCGCCUGUGUGACAGGAAAUAACUCUCCAUACCAGCAGAUGGCAUUAGUCUGUAAACGUCAUUCAAAAAGGGAAACAAGAACACCAUCUUGGUGUUAGUUAGCCAGUUAGCACGUUAACAACUCAAUCUAAUGCUGAAAUAUCAGAGUAUCUUUAUAUUGUGCCAGUGAACAAUAACACAAACCAUCAGGAAAUGUUUCUGCUGAAGAACCCAACGGAUAAAGAAAAAUAGUCUGACCUUGUGGAACAAGUUUGUUUUGGUCUCACGCCCUCUGGACUUUAACUCUUUGUUUACGUUCCUCACUUCAUUUAUUUUCCUGUGUGCUGAGCUGAACUGCCAGUCAGACUGAUUUCAUUCAGUGAUGGGCUCCGCUCUCAUCCAGAGCAUCAUCAUCUAAAUAAAGGCAGCGAGGGCUGACGAGGGUCAACAGUGCGGGACAAACGGCACCGACUAGGGCGAUAGACGCUCACAUUCAAACAUUGACAGGUGGCCGACUGUCGGCUUGGUGUGUCAGGGCCUUAAGACCACUGAAGAGUGUGAACUGUGGACAUGGCUGCUCAUAAAGUGCCAGUGUUGGUGUUGUUGCCACGUUUUCGAGCAGGUUGCACCUCCCUGUUGGAUCUGGUCUCCUUUUCUUAAAGUCAUUAGUGAACACUGGGCUUGAGUCCAUUUCCACACAAGUUUUGGUCAUUUCCAAAUUUGUGGACCUGUCAAGCCCUCUGUUAAUCACUGUUGCUUCAUCUCAGGUUUGCCUCAAACCUGAGGAGCUGAACGCUUCGGGAACAGAGCAGAUCUUGGAAUGAAACUCUUCGCAGGUGCACCGUAACGUAAAACAGUAAAAGAACGUCUCUGAGAACAUUUUAAAGACUCUUAUUUCACCUUUACUCUAGAACCUGAGGUCAAUCAGGGAAACAAACAGCAGAAGCUCAACCUUUACAUGUGUCACUUCUCUGAGCGCCUCAAGAUGUUUAUCUACGUUAUGACUGCCAACAGUCGGAGCAUUAUGUUUGUCCGCAGGCAGUGAUUUGCAUGUUCGACAGGGUGACAGCAAACGCCUCGUCAGCAGCAGAACAGGGAGCAGAAAGGGAUCUUUUUCUUUUUAUGUCUUUUGAUUUUUACAGAUUUAAUGUUGUUAUGUUGCUGCAUUCAACGCAUUCUGAGUGAUUAGAGAAAUUAACAUGUUGAUGAUCACUAACCAGCUGUCCUUUAUACUCGUUGCGGCCGAGGUGACCUCGCCGUCACGGUUCGGCCUCAGGUUUGCUGUGGAUUGCUCUUAACACAGUUGGCACAUUGACUUUGAUCCAGGUUGAGUUGUUGUCUCAGACAGCGUCAGAUCUACGGUGACUCUGAUGGACGUUUUAAAAAUGAAUCUUCACGUCGUUUUAAUCCUGUUGAUUUUUAUUUUGUACAUUUGUACAGAUUUGUUUUUGGGUUUAUUUGUUGUACAGUUAUGAUCAGUUCUGAAAUGACGCUGUUUCAGGUCUCCCUGUGCUCAGCCCUCCUCCUCCUCCUCCUCCUCCU